AUAACAUUCCAAAUAUAAACAGUAUUUUUUCAAAUUUUAACAUCUAACACAUUAACAAUAUAAGAAUUAAGCUUAAAAUGUCAACAGGAACUACAAAAGACAACCCGGCACCUUCAAAAACAUUUCAAAGGGAAACAGUUACCCCUUAUAAAUUGGCAGUUGCAGUCAUGAUAAAAUGUUAUUGUGAAUUCAAAGAUUCAGAUGAAAUGGAGGCCUUAACCCCAACAGAGAAAGUCAAUCUCAGAAGGGCAUUUUGUAUCCAAUCUUUAAAUAUUUUACAGGGACCUGAUCUUAUUUUGACCAAUCUUAGACAUUUAUUACAAUCAGAUAUGGCUUUACAUCCGAUAUGUGAGAAUUUUGAUUUAAAUUUAAAGUAUAUUUAUCAAAACGGAAUUGGUAGUCUGAUGGAUAUUAUUGAUGAUCUUAGACAAGUUUUAAAUGGAGAUCCUAACCAGACGGAUAAAAAUCCUUUGGCUCCUAACAGCGUAAUUGUUCGAAAUAGUGUAGUGGGUUAUUUUCUCAGACGAUUCAUUGUAUUUUUUGAAAAACUCAGCAUUAGUGAAGUUUCUGCACUAUAUGAAGCAUAUUUAAGAUACUAUACUGAAUGGAAAAAAAUGCAAGAAUCCACAAUAACAAUUGAUCCAAAAUAUUAUGAAUGGUUUGUUGAUGAAAAUCAAUGGUCAAGGAGACAGGCAGAGUUAUUUUUGGCUACACAGGCUGCACUUCUUCAAAAUGAUGAGGAAAAAGCUUUGCAACCUCAAGAUCUCCACACUAGGAUAACUAGUAUAUUAAAGUCAAAUCCUGAUUUAGCAGAGGCACAUUUUAUGUCAUUUCUAAACUAUCUGCGUGUCGAGGAAUUUUGUGGAGCGAUGCGCAGCCUAUUUCACUGCUUUGACAGGCGAAGCAAUCCGGAGCUUAAGUGUUACAAUGACGAGAAAAACAAAGAGCAUCGAUAUGCGGCCUUAAAUCUAGCAAUUUUGUAUCAUCAUUUUGGGCAUAUCAAUGAAGCCCUAGCCUCCCUGAAAGAAGCUAUAAAGAUUGCUCAUCAGGCAAACGAUAAUCUUUGUCUCCAACAUGCUCUUUCGUGGCUCUACAGACUGUCAAACGUUAAUAAAGAUAAUCUUAUCGUACAGUGCAUAAUAAAAACGUUUGAACUGAAUAUAAGCUAUACAACCUCACUGGCGUUGCAAAAUUUUGCACAUUAUGGCAGUUCUAAAACUUGUGUUAAGCCCAGUGUCAUUUUUGAGACAUUAACUAAAAGCGAUAUGCUGAACUGUCAGCACAACUAUAAAGAUCUGAUUUUCAAUAACAAUGCUAUGAAAGCCUCGUUAUGGAGGUUAUAUGGUAAAACUGACAUGUGUUCCCUAUGGUCCCAAGUUCUUUUGUAUUUAAAUAUUGAUACUGAAACACAAACGUCUGCUCAUUAUGGAGAAGGAUAUUUACAAGCUAUUUGUAAUGUCGCCAUGGAUAUGUUAUUACAGGGAGAAUACAACUUGGUAAACGUUCUUCUCCAGUACGCAAAACGUAGGUACCCAAACGAACCACUAGCUCGAACAUGGAUGCUAGUGGAAAAUUGGGCCAGUUACACCAGAGCGCUGUACCAUGAAAAAUGGCAGGAAGCUGAAUCUGCCGCGCAGAAAAUUUUAGUGUUGGAUAAAUGGGAGGGGUACCUAAAACUUGCUGAAUUAAAUUUCUAUCAGCAAGAAUAUGACGAGGCGAAUAAUUGUCUGGCAUUUAUAUUACAGAAUUAUAAUUAUGACGAACAUUUAAACGAUGGAAAAUUCUGUUUAUUAAGAGCAAAGAUCUUGCAAGCCGAAAUACAAUUUGCGAGUAGCUAUCCCAAUGUCUCUGGACCUCUGCUGAAUAAUUGUCUAUUAGACGCAGAAAAGUCAGAGUUGGCUUACCAGAUUGCGCUUGUUCAGCUCCAUAUGGCCAAUACAUUACUUACUUUAGGUCUUACAACUCAGGCAGUAAAAGUUCUAAACAAUCCCAGAUGUAUGGUUGAAAUUCUUUCAAAUGGUGGAGAAUUUGAUAAAGCAAGAGCUACCCUUUUAUAUAUAAAAUGCAUUAUAGCCGAUUCCAGCAAGAAAGACCCCGAAGCUCGAGCGGAAGUCAUAAGAAAAGCGUCAAUUUCCCUUGAAAAAGUAAAAAUGGGAUUUAGCAAAGUUGAGGCGUAUUCCAGGGUGAAAGAUGUCUUAUACCUUCAAGCGCAAUUAUAUAAUAUUUUAAACAUGAAGCAAGAACGAAACGACUGCUCCCUAGAAUACAGGAUUUUAGAUGAGGAACAUCCGACGAAAAAUAUUCAAACUUUAAUAAAAUUUCUUUAGAGUUAUAAGUUAUUUUUUGUAAUAUAGCUGUUGCUUAGUUA